CAAAUCCAAAAUCUUCAAACACACAAACAAACAAACCCUGUCUGGCAAGAAACUCAUGUUCCAUCCAGCCUUAAAUUCUCACUCCCCUCGUUUCUUUCAUUUCUCAUCAUGAUCAGAAACCCUAAUUUAUAAAGUAAUCAUGCCAGAUGAUAUGUAUUGAUCCUAUCUGGCCAUCUAUAUAUAUAAACAGACACCCUUCCCUUAUUAGUUAAAUAAUUUCCUAAGAAUAAAACGUAACGUACAAUUCAAAAAGCUAGCUGAUCCUCAACACCAUGAGCUCGACUAGUCCUACUUCAAGCACGGUGGCGGCCAGUGGCGGAAGCGGUGGUGGACCGUGUGGGGCGUGCAAGUUCUUGAGGAGGAAGUGCGUGCCUGGGUGCAUCUUCGCCCCGCACUUCGAUUCGGAGCAGGGCGCCGCUCAUUUCGCGGCGGUGCAUAAGAUUUUUGGCGCCAGCAAUGUCUCCAAGCUCCUCCUCCACAUUCCGGUGCACAAGCGCCCCGAGGCUGUCAUCACCAUAUGCUACGAGGCUCAAGCCCGCCUUCGCGACCCCAUCUACGGUUGUGUUGCGCAAAUCUUUAACAUGCAACAACAGGUAGUGAAUCUGCAGGCGGAGCUAGCCUACAUACACGGCCAGCUAGCGGCGCUGGAGGCGGUGCCAGCUCCGCCGCCUGUGCCGAUGCAUCCACCGCAUCCCCAACACUCGGUGCUGAUGCCGUCGGCUGCCCUAAACCCGGCUGACCUCCCCACUGCCGCGACGGUGCUGCCGUCAACCUACGACCUCUCGCCCCUCUUUGACCCCAUGGCGCAGCAGGCAUGGCCCACUCAGCAGCGGCAGCUGGACCCCCGCCACGUGUUCGGCCACUCAGUGCCCAGGACGGCGGCGGUGGACAUGCCGUCGUCUUCAGCCGGCGGAGGUGACCUUCAGGCAGUGGCGCGUGAGCUCAUGAAUAGGCGGAGGCUUGGCGGGAACCCGACAAUGCCAUUCCCGGAUGCUCCAUCAACUUAAUUUGUAAGGAGCAAUCAAGAUUGAAGCUAGGAGGAAUGGCCGAGUCUAUUUUAGGUUUAUUAUUAUUAUUAUUGUUAUUAUUAUGGACAACCUUAUUUUUAUAUUUAAUGAUGUUUAAGGGCUUGCCUAUUUGCAAUGACUGUAGGCAAGUGAGUGGACGUUUUUUUUUUCUUUAAUCGUUUUGCUUUAUCAUUAUUAAUUUAGAAUUUUGGUCCG